CGUGGAUGGAUUCAUUGCAUUGGGGAAGCUAUGGAUGUACAGUACAGCGCAGCGGUCUCUGCUACUAGAGACACGAUUAGAACUCGUCUGAGCUAUAAUAAUACCCAACAGAACCAGCAUACCUCCAAUAUACCUCUCCCUUAUAAUAUCCAUCCUUCACCAAUCCCCGAAUCUGUAUAUCCAAUCUCCCUCACCCACCUCCACCCGCUCCAUCCCCAUCACCAUCACCACCCCAUCACAUCCAUCCUCACUCGAAAUCCGGUGGGUUUGUGGAGAGGGAGCGGGCAGGCGGUAAGGCUGCAGAGGGAGGGUUAGUGCUAUGUUAGAGGACGAUAGGAUGCGCGGACGAAGAAGGGGGGAAGCGCGCUGGAGAUCGAAUUGGAUGUG